CCCCCCCCAUUCACAUUUCACACGGUCUGCUCAGCCAUGGCCGUUUCUCUCUGCUCUAUUCCUCCCAAACCCCCAUUCUCUUGCUAACCGAAUUCUCCUAUCCGUCUGCAGUGCAUGCAUGUUUGAAGGUCCGCAACCCUAAUUAAGGGAUUUGAGAUGACGCUUGUAACUGGAGAUCGGUACCUAGAAUCACUGGUGAAGUUCGUGGAGAGCCACGCCGAGCCGUUGAUCGAGGGGGCGCUGGUCCUCAAGCUCAACCCUAUAGGGCUUCACUAUGUUUACUCCAGGAUCGAAGCGCUGGCCGAGCUGGAGAGCCUGCUCGCUGGUGCUCCAGUUGAUUACCUCCGCGCUUACGUUUCCGACCUCGGUGACCACCGUGCUCUCGAGCAGCUUCGCCGGAUUCUUCGCCUCCUCACAUCGCUAAAAGUCGUCUCCGUGUUGCCGCCCCCGGCUAGAGACCCCUCGCCACUGUCGCUACUGCCUUUUGCGAGGUUGAAGGUUCUGGAGCUUAGAGGAUGCGAUCUGUCCACCUCUGACGCCCGUGGACUUCUCGAGCUGAGACAUACUUUGGAGAAAUUGAUCUGUCAUAAUUCCACGGAUGCAUUACGGCAUGUCUUUGCAAGCAGAAUUGCUGAUAUAAAAAAUUCACCACAGUGGAACCGUUUGUCAUUUGUUUCAUGUGCUUGCAAUGGCUUGCUUCUCAUGGAUGAGUCCUUACAGCUCCUUCCUGCUAUUGAAACACUUGAUUUGAGCAGGAACAAGUUUGCUAAAGUGGAUAAUCUCCGGAGAUGCACCAAAUUGAAGCAUCUAGAUCUAGGGUUCAAUCACCUGAGAAGUGUAACCUCCUUUAUUGAGGUUUCUUGUUGCAUUAUAAAGCUCGUUUUGAGAAAUAACACUUUGACUACAUUGCAUGGAAUUGAAAAUUUGAAGUCACUUGUAGGGCUUGAUAUAUCCUACAAUAUAAUCUCCAAUUUCUCGGAGAUGGAAAUCCUUGCUGGAUUGUCAUCUCUUCAAAACUUGUGGUUAGAAGGAAAUCCUAUUUGUUGUGCAAGAUGGUAUAGAGCCCAAGUUUUCAGCUUUUUUCCUAAUCCACACCAAUUGAAACUAGAUGAAGAAAACCCCUCAACAAGUGAUUUAUGGAAGCGGAAAGUAAUUGUUGCCAGUAGGCAGAAGCAACCUGCUAGCUUUGGAUUUUAUAUACCAGCAAGAGAUGGUGCUGAACUAGGAGGAAACAUCAAUACAAAGAGGAAGAAGGUAUCCCGACUUGUUAGCAUUAAAAAUGAAGAAGAUAGAUCAUUCCCGUUAUCAGAUCAAGAUUCAGUAUCUUGUGAUAAUGACACUCACAGCAAAGAGGAGAAUGCCAAUUCAGACCAGGAAUCCGAAAUAGUUGACUUCAUGAAUAGGAUUGAAUUUAUGAAGAAAAAACGAUCUGAUCUAUGGUUGCAGGAGUUCAAAGAUUGGAUGGAUCAUGAAUCUGACAAUUUCUUUGGUGGUAUUGAAGGUAUAGGGUGCAAUUUAAAUUCCGAGAAAAGUAAUCACUGGAAAGGAAAGCUUAGCACUAAGCAUCAAGGUGAGACCUCAAGAUAUAUAUCUGAGUCUGGUCAACUUUCUGGAGAUGAUAGUAGUACAAACAUUCUAGAAUCCGACACCUCCUUUGCUGAGACAUUCACUAGCUUUAAUACACAAAGGUACUCUAAUCAUAUCGGUGAAGUAUCUUCAAAGUUUUUUGUGGGCCGUGGUGAUGCAUACUUGAUACGUAGUGCUAGGAGCACCAGAAAGGAUCAAGAGAAUCUCAAAUCAUCAAGUAAUGAAGUAUUUUUCUCUGCAAAGGCUAGAAUAUCUCCUUUCGAUUCCUUUGCUACCGCUGAGGGUGAAAAGAUGAGUGCCAAUAGCAAUACUCAACCAAUUACUGUGACGAAUACUAUUUUGGACUCUCAUUCUUCUUUGGCUAGUACUGGAUCACCUCCUCAUUACAAAGAGGAUAUUCUGCAUCGACGCCACAAUUUGGAAGAAGAAUUUCUGCAACUUUCUGCAGAAUCUUUCUCAGUAGCAUCUUCUGACAGUGAUACAAGUUGCAGUGAUGACGAAUCCAUUCAGUAUAGGCAGGGUGUAUCUCAGAUUGAUCAAUCAGUAACUGAAAAUCUCAUAGAAAGUGGUGUGGAAUGUUUUCCAUCUGCACAUUGUUCCCUAGAUGUAUGUGAUGAAACAGAUUUUGCUUUGAAACAAAAUGGUAAACACACAUCAGAUUUGUAUACGGAAGGAAAUUCAAGCUGUAUAGAUGUUCGAGGAGCAGACUUCACCAGUCAAGAUGCUGAAGUCUUGGGUUUUGUGAAGCAAGAGGCCUAUAGGUUGGAGAAGAAAAAGCCUAAAAGGAAACCUAAAAGGAGAAUGGUAUCACUGCCUGAGGAAACUAAUGCAGAAGACGAGAUUGAGAAAACAAAAAAAUCAAAUGAAAAUGUGAAUAAUUCUAGAGAUGAUGAAGAUAGAACUUAUGCCCUUACUGAUUCGCAUAAGGCUUCUGUGGCGAUCACUUCUCAAAGUACAAUGGCACAAUUGCUUGGGAAUCAUAAAGGCAAACCUCUCUCAGAGAAGACAUCAAUGUCAAAUGGGGCAGAAAAUUUUAUUGAGGAUUACUUCAUGGCUAAUGUUUCACAAACUGGAGUUAGUGAAACUAUUCAGAAAUGUGUAAGCUGCUAUUGUUUGCUUCAUGAAGAAUCUGGGUGCAGUGAAAGAGAGGUGGUUGUAAUUGCGAGCAGCGAACAUAAGUUUUAUGUGCUACUAAUGGCCAAGAUAUGUAAUGGGUCAGGGGCUAGCUUGAAAUUAAUAGGCUGUCACAUGAUUGACCAUAUCAAAGGUGUUCUAGUAGGUUUAGGGCUUCAUGUUAUAAGGGUGUGCCUCGAAAGCAAUGCAACCUACCUAUUUAUAACCAGGAAUAUAGAGAAAUCAAGAGAAUUGCUAUCUAUACUGGACUCUGGUGUGCAAAGCUUGGAACAGGUUCAGACAUACCUUUUUCAGAGGCAUAUAUGCCAAGGUUUAAAGAUAAGCAUUUUUCAGUAUUCAAUGGUACAGUUUUGGUGCGACAAGUUAAAAAACUGUACAUGGCUCCCAAGAUCAUUGUUUGUGCUCCAGAGGCAUUUGCUUGUGUGCAAUGAAGACCUAACACAGCUAGGCUCUCUUUCAGAGAACGCAUCUUCCUCGUACUUUUCACUGGAUUUUUGUUGCGCCAUAGUUGAUGUAUCUGAAAUGGUCAUUGAAACCACAGAGAGCCACUGCGUGACUCUGACUGUAGAAGGGGCAAAUUCAGAGUUCUGCCCUUCUGAGAAGAAAGAUAAGAUACAUGAAGCAGUGCCCAAGGGGGAUUGGAAGAUAAAGUGGUUCUCAGUAGAAAGCCUGUUCAAAUUUGUGGUAUUGUUGAAGGCAAUACGUACUGAAGCCAGUACAAGUCCUCUACUUGUAUCUUACGGCCAAUCAUUUCAAGUCUAGAGGAAAGAGAGGGCAAGGAAUUCUUCCUCUAUAUAUAUACGUAUGUGUAUAUGUAUGUGUGUGUAUAUAUAUAUAUGUAUAUAUUCUUUCCAUUCUUUGGGUUCUGGGUAAUCUUGCUGGUACAUUCUUAGAUCCCCUCCCUGCAGCGGUCAAUAGAGAUGUCUUAGCAUGCAUUCUUGUUUGUCCCACAAGUUGGCUGUGAUUAUUUUAGUGUACAAAGUGUAUAAUGCUGAUUGCUAUUGCAUCAACUUUAGUUUGGAUAAUAUAGAUUACUUAGCAACA